CGGCGCCGCGCUUAGUGCCCGGAGGGCAGGCGAGGAGACAAGAUGGAGGGAGAGGCGGCGGCUCAGGAGCUGCUAGAGCCGGCUGCUUUCGUGGCUCCGCUGCAGCCUGAGAUGGCCGCCGCCGUGGUGCUGCCGGAGCGGCUCCAGCGGCGGGAAGCGGAGCGGCAACAGGGCGUAGAGCGGCAGCGGCAGAAGAAGGAGGCGCAGGUGGUGAAGGAGGAGCAGAGCGAGUUUUUCGUCGCCGCUUUCGCCCGGGAGCGAGAGGCCGUGGAGGCGCUUAUUGUGGCGGGGCAGCUGGAGGAGGCGGCUGCCCGCUUGCAAGGGCUGCAAAAGCUGCUGACGGAGAGCGUGCGAUUCCUGGCGCCCUACGAGGUGCGGCAGGGGCAGGAGGCCGUGGCGCGGCUCCAGGGGGACCUGGCGGUCCGACGCCAGCAGCUGCAGCCCAAGAAGAAAUUCGCCUUCCGAGCUCUCAAGAAAGAAGCGGCUCCGGGCAGGGAAUCGCGCCCCGCGGAGCCCGCCUGGCCUGUAGUUGCCGCGCCGGCCCCCGGCCUCGGCGCCGCCGAGGGGGAACCGGGCGGGCCGCCGCUCUGCGGGUUCAGCGGCGUCGAGGACAAAGAGCUGGAGCUGGGUUCCCUUGAGCUGCUGCAGCGCGACGUGGUGCUCUCCGGGCUGCGCGGCUGCCGGGUGCGGCUCCGCGGCAACGCUAACACGCUGCGGGUGCGGGACUGCCAGGGCUGCACUGUGCUCUGCGGGCCCGUUUCGACCUCGGUGCUGGUGGAUGGCUGCAACGACUGUGUCCUAGUGCUGGCCUGCCAGCAGCUCCGCACUCAUCGCACCCGUGACAGCUGGUUCUACGUGCAGGUAACCAGCCGAGCCGUAAUCGAGGACUGCACUAAGGUCUCCUUUGCCCCCUACACCUGGAGCUACCCUGGUAUCGAGGGAGAUUUCGAGUCUUCUGGGCUGGACAGAAACAGAAACAACUGGAAUCUGGUGGAUGAUUUUGACUGGCUAGCGACUGACAAACCUUCGCCCAACUGGAGCCUGAUCCCCGAGCAAGAGAGAAUCAGUUGCUGGGACUAGACUGGAGAGGCAGCUCGGUGCUGAGCAAGGAAAUCUGGUGUAAACACAUUGAUUCAUAAACUGUGGGACUUAAUCCCAUUAAAUGAUUGCAGUCGGCAUUUGAAUUGUGAAUUGAAAUGUAUGACUGGUUAGGGUGGGGUUUUUUAAUUAAAUACCAGUCAAAUACAGUUUACUGUUCUUUUACAAGUUGCUGCUAUAAUCUUUAUAUGGCACUGUGGAAUUUGCCAACUGCUGCGGUGCCUCAUUGCUGAGCUUUUCUAAUUUGGUGGGGCAAGGGGCAUGGAUGCACAUACAGCAGUGAGCAUCUAUUACAGCUGUUGUGCUACUUUUGCUCACCCAGAUAGAAGCUGAGUUAAUUGCAGGUAGUACAAUAUAAAGAUCAAAUACCACAUUUGUCAUGUUCUGUUCUCAACUUGCAGGUAACAGUACACUGUAUGUUAUGGUGAGUACGGGAGAGGACUUCUGUGAGGUAAUGGGGACAGAAGGCUGUAACUGAACAGUGUAUCCGACUGAGAUGAGUCUUAGGCUAUGAUAAAUUUAGGAGCCAGGGUCUUUCAACGUGGGAGAAAUCUGUAAGUCUUAUUUUCGUAGGCUUUUCUUUCAAGUGAGAGAAGCCUGAAGGAAAGAAAGUGACCUAAUGGGUGUUUAAUACUCUCCUAAUAUUAAUGAUUGCUUAACGCACCUGCAGAAGCUAUAUAAAUACUAAAUCUUUACAGUCUGGAAAUACUGUGUGAGAGGAUCCUUCUUCCAUUAACAGAUUUAACCAGAAAUGGGUAAAGUGAGUGCUUUGAGUGUGCUUUUGGGGGCGUACAGUAAGUGCUGAUUAACAUUAUGGAAGCUCUGCUGCAGUCUGAAACUUCAGGGGAGAGAUGUUGAGGUAUAUCACAGUUGUUUCAUCUGUCUACUAGGCAGUAGGCUUUAUGGUGCUGUGAUCUUGAUUUACAGCAUUGCUGCUGCCUAAGUGCUGUGUUGGC